GCCAGGAGCUCUGGGCUGCCCUGUCUCGCUUUCCUUCCGCUGAGCGCUCCCCCUCCCUCCGAUCUCUCCACCGCCACCACCCGAGCCGGCGACCCGGCGGCGGCCACCGCGCGCGGGUCCCCGUCGACGUCGUCCACGGCCGCUCGCAGCCGCGCGGCGCGGUCUCGUCUCCCUCCAGUUUCGCCGUACCGGGACCCGGGUUUCGUCGGCAGGUUCAGUUAGUGGUCCGUUGAAGUGAAGCUGUAUUGCUAUCAUCAACUGCCAAGGCAAUGGCUUACGAGAUUAGUGAGAUCAAAAAGAUUGGCAUUGGUCUGGUGGGGUUUAGCAUCCUAUUCUCGUUCCUUGGUGUUAUCCUUUUCUUCGAUCGGGGCUUGUUGGCUCUGGGUAAUAUUUUCUUUUUAACUGGAGUGGGCUUAUUACUUGGCUGGCAAUCUAUGUGGCAACUUUUCACGAAGAAGGCAAACCUUAAGGGAUCAGUACCUUUCUUCAUUGGUCUGUUUCUUCUGUUUGUCCGUUGGCCUGUUGCUGGUAUAAUCAUGGAACUAUAUGGAUCUUUUGUGCUCUUCAGUGGUUAUGGCCCCCCUAUCCAAGCCUUCCUAUAUCAAAUACCUAUCAUUGGUUGGAUUCUGCAAUACCCAUUCCAGCUGUUUGCUCAGUUGAGGCGUAAGCGUGCUUGAAGCCUUCUGCAAGCCAAGAUACCCUUUGACUUGUCAUGGGAAAAGUAGCAUGCUGUUGUGAUGUUGAUACAAGAAUCACCUGUACCCUUCACUAUUGCAUUGAAAUGAUCAUUUCAAAUCUUGUGUGCAUAUGCAUACUUUGCGGAUUCUAAUAUUCAGUCGUUCUGAGUAGUUUAUUGUUUAUAUUUAGACAAAGUAGAACUUCAAAAGGUGCUGGAUGGUGGAUGCUCGGUUAGUUGAAACAGGAGGACCUCAUUGCCUUUCAUCAUCCCAACAACAAACUCUGGGGUCAGAGUGAUCACACCUGAUUUAUUUCUGAUUCUGGAUGCAACUUACCACAUUACUUGCCAGUUGCAAGAAACAUGUGAAGAAACACUACAGUCAGAAGUCCUGCAAGGAGCUUGAUAGCUCACCUGAUGACUAAUAUGUGGGAUCUGUUUUCUAUUUGUCCAAUGAAUGAUCAUCGUGAGGAAUUUUUUUAAUACAUUUUUUUGUUUAU